UCGGAACUUAGCGCAACUACUUUCCACGGUGACCGUAAUGGAACGAUCGAAAUUAUCGGUGUUUCGUUGAUUUUCGCAUUCCACCGGGAGAAGGACCCGGUUAAUUACAGCCUGCUGCGUUUACGAUGCGUCGAAGAUUGUAAUUAGCGGUGGAUGCACGACAAUCGAUGCGCCAGUUCAGUCGCUUUCAUAAUUACUACCUAGCUAGUAGUAGAGGGAGUGGAUAAUCAACAGGGAGUUCACCGUUUGCGUUGAUCGACGGUUCGACACGUGACAACAGACCAUCAGAUUUACCACGAUUAUCCUCGGUGAAUCGGUUUUUCUCAUCGGGUCGUGCAAGUGCUGCGUUGACACCGCGUUGCUCCGCUAAUAGUCAUUGUUGGAAAUGUACCAGCGUAGGCAGCAAUGCAGGUCGUGAAAACACAGCUACUGAGACAAGAAUAAUCCGUUCGAACCGAUUUCUCCAUGUUUGGCGUCCAAAAGGCACGGUUUUCGUUACGGAAAUCCUCGCCAUUGAUGGACAGAACAUGAACGACUUUCCCGUUAGGGAACGCGGCGCGGACAGCCGGAAUCUUACGAUGCGCUGACACGAAGAGGGUGUCCACGGGGACAGGAAGUUCCGUAGGACCCGCGUUCUGCCGCGGUAAACCGAGUAGACUCGAAGGGAGUCGAGUCGCGGAACUCGGACUGAACCGGUGUAGCGACGACAUCCUCGGCGUUGACAUCGUCCAGCCCAGUCCACCUUUGUUCGCCAUCGUGAUCGUCGACACGCAACGACGAGCACCUCUCUCGCCUUUUCUUCCCGUCGCUCACCAGUCAGGCUUUGAGCUCCUACCAUGUACCCGAACAGACGCGUCAACGAGAGGACCUCGCUCACUAGGCCCCUCGAUUCCCCGAACUACGUGGAGUUCGCUAGCCUGCUGAGGACUCGGAAGACCCGGAUCAGGCAGUUCCAGUGCUGCAUCUGCGCUACUCUGAUAGCAAUCUUCACGAUGGCCCUCGUAGUGAUGGUGAGCUACUCCGUGAACCACGAUUUGAUAGACAGCGCUCCGAACAUCACGACCACUUCACCCGAGUCCACGAAUCUCAGUACUGCUUUAAAACUGGGCUUCGCCCCUGGAUCUGGCUCGUAUACACUCUUCAGCAACCCCUUCGCCGUCCCGCCCUCUAACUCUGUCCUAGUGAGCAACAAAGGCACGAAAGCCUCCAUGUCGAGGAAAUUAACCAAAGAGGAGAUAAAGGCAGGGCUGGAAGCAGGUCGCCAGGCGAUCAACGAGCGUCUUUUCGCAGACGCGGCUGCGUCCAUGUCUCCACUGCCCUUAGCUUUGCCGGAAGUUAGGCAUCGUUACGCGGUGAGCACCUGCGCGAGCGUCGGGGCGCUGGCCUUAGCUGCUGUAGGGGAACUCGCAGCGACGAAGAGGAUCGAGAACUCGAGGACCGACCUCGGAGCACCUUCUGCCUUUGGGAGCUUCUUCGAACUAGGCUGGGAACCUCUGGGCGUUUGCAAGCAGUUGCACAUACCGGAGUGUCCGCUCACAAAGUACAGAACAUUCGACGGAAGUUGCAACAGACCUAUGCAGCAGGGAGCGAGCAUGACACCUUUCAAAAGACUCCUACCGCCUAAUUACGCUGAUGGUAUUGAGACACCGCGCAGAGCAGUCUCAGGGUCCGAGUUACCUUCAGCGAGAGACGUUAGUUUGAAGGUGCACAAGCCCUCGCCAAGCAGCAAUCCUAACUUCACCGUGAUGCUGGCUGUCUACGGUCAAUUUCUGGACCACGAUAUCACGGCCACGGCCAUCAGUCAGGGUUCCAAUGGGACUUCCAUCUCCUGUUGUCCCCCGUCUGCUGGCCAUCCAGAAUGUUUCCCUGUACCUGUAUCCGACGGAGACCCUGUCUUCGACGUUGCUGGACGAACGUGCAUGAACUUCGUCAGGUCCGCUCCGGCGCCCCAGUGUAAACUGGGUCCGAGGCAACAGUUGAAUCAGGUGUCCGCGUUCAUAGACGGAUCGGCGAUUUACGGAUCGGACCCGGACACUGCUCAAAGUCUACGCGAAUUCGUCGGUGGUCGCCUGAGGAUGCAGUUAACGCCGGACAAUCGAACCCUAUUACCACCCAGUACGAAUCCCAACGACGGCUGUAACCGGGAAACCGAGAGGCUAAGAGGCAGGUACUGCUUCGCAGCUGGCGACGCCAGGGCAAACGAGAAUCUGCACUUGACGACGAUGCAUCUGCUCUGGGCACGACAGCACAAUAGGAUCGCAGAGCAGCUAGCUAAGAUCAACCCGUCCUGGAACGACGAGACUCUGUACGAAGAGUCUCGACGCAUAGUAGGCGCUCAGUUGCAACACAUCACCUAUCAGGAGUUCAUACCUAUCAUCUUGGGAAAGCAAGAAACGAACAAACGCGAUCUUAGACCUCUGAAGUCUGGCUACAGGCAGUGGACGGUGGAUGCGAACGUUUCGAGCACUGAUCCCAGUAUAGCUAACAGUUUCGCGACGGCUGCCUUCAGAUUUGCUCACACUCUGUUACCUGGACUGAUGAAAGUGACCAAUGAGCAGGAAGGAACUUCUUCAUACGUGGAGUUGCACAGAAUGUUGUUCAAUCCGUAUAGUUUGUACUCAGAGGGUGGGGUGAAGAGCUCAGUGACAUCUGCCACCAGGAACAUGAUCCAGAUGACGACCACUCAUGUCACUUCUCAGUUGACUAAUCACCUGUUCGAAGAUCCUAUGGCUAAUGUUUCGGUGCCCUGUGGGUUGGAUUUGGUGUCGUUGAAUAUACAACGUGGAAGGGACCAUGGACUUCCUGGGUAUACCAAAUGGAGGGAAUAUUGUGGUCUGGGAAAGACAGACAAUUUUUCUGAUCUGCAGGAGUAUCUGGAUCCGCAGGUUCUUCAAGAUAUUUCCCCGUUGUACGAGUCUGUCCACGAUAUCGACUUGUACACAGGUGCUUUGGCUGAGAUACGUAAGGCUGGUGCUAUCGUUGGGCCCACCUUCGCGUGUCUGAUCGCUGAUCAGUUUGUUGCACUACAAAGAGGGGACAGAUUCUGGUACGAGAUAUCUGGACAGCCGCAUUCGUUCACAGAAGAUCAGCUUACGGAGUUGCGUAAGACAUCGCUAGCAAAGCUGAUCUGCGACUCUUACGAUGGAAUAAUUUCCGAUGGAAUCACGCAGAUCCAGGCCGAGGUGAUGAGAACGAUAGGGCCAGAGAAUCCUAUGACAUCCUGCGAGGACAUCCCUACGUUGUCCUUUGAGCCAUGGAGAGAAAGUGGACAGGCUUCCAUGCUACGAGCUUCCAUGCCAGUCAAUUGGACCAUGUUUAAGAACGACAUUAACAACACGAUUAAAGACGUUGUUGCUACCAUCAAUAGCUCUAGGUUUACAGUGGACACUGACUGGUUAGCCUUCAGGACUUAUAUAAACGACACGUUUGCUGACCUCAGGAACCAGCUAUCUGACUUACAUUCUCCAAAGACGUCGGAUGUUUCUGUACCCAAGAAACUGUUAAUUGACACUAACAGUUCUACUUCAAGAGCAACACGAUUAGGGCACAUGCAUCAGGACUGGAUUACAUUUAAGAAUGAUCUGAUGAAGUCUCUAAAUACUUCUAUCGGUGCGGUGGGUGGUGGACCAGCUGCAGUGACCAAGUGGGUAGCAUUUAGACAAAAUAUCGUCAAGCAGUUCGCCGACUUGAGGGAUCAAAUCGCAGCCAUGAAGGCAGAUAUUGCUCCAAAAUUGGCAAUGAAGAACGCGCAGGAGCAGGCUUCAAUAGAUCAAAGUAAAUUAAUGGAUACCUCUAGCGUCAAGGAUGUCAUGAUUCCUGCGAUCUUUGAUUGGAAGAACUUCAAGGAUAACAUGAUAUCUUCAUUAGAUGACACCAUCAGUAACACGAGGAGCGAUAUGCCACCUCCUGGUGAUCCUGCUUGGGCUACUUUUAGGAACGACAUUAAGGAUCAAUAUUCUGGUUUCAAGGACAAGAUGGACAGUCAAAGAUCUACUACAGUCCCUACUGAGUUGGCGACAGAGAAAUCAGAUGCAAUUGACGACUAUUGGUUGAAUUACAAAACUGAGAUCAUCAAGUCCGUAAAUAAAGCUGUGAAUAAAAUUAAAGACAGAAUGCCUCCACCCGGUGAUCCAGCCUGGAUCACUUACAGGAACGAGGUAAUGAAGACCUUCAAGAGCACCCUAUCACAUCCAGAACUCUCCACGUUGUCUGGCAUAAAUGAAAACAUGGCCGUUCCAGGUGGGAGUUUAGCAGCUUCCUCAACAACCAAAUUUACUAGCAAUGAUCUAACCAAUCUGACCAACGAUUGGUUAGAAUUCCGAACUCGAAUCAACGAUUCCUUGAGCAAAGUGAUCCAAGACAUCCAGAGCAAAAAGCCAACAGAGGUUGAUCCUAUUGCUUGGGUUGCUUUUAAGCAUUCUGCUGCAAAUGAUUUCGCGAAGCUGAAAAACGAAAUUGAGAGCAUGAGAACCGAAUGGUUGGCAGAAAUAAGCAAAUCGAAACCUAGCAAAGAGUCGUUGAAUCUUCAGACAGGGAUGAAGAAACCUGGAGACUCAUCCACGUUCGAUUACACGAAAUACAUGAAACCUGUCAUUUCUCCAGAUGAUUGGACCGAUUUUAAGAAACAGAUCAACGAUACCGUGAUGAAUAUCCUGAAUACUGCAAACUCCACGGGCAAGUUUACUUUUGACGAGCUUCACAAGGCGUUCAACGAGUCUUUCACAGAUCUGAAAAAUGAAAUAUCGUCAUUGAGGACUCUGAUCGCGGAUACUUACAAUAACAAGACAGCGGCAGAUUGGAUCAGCUUCCAAGCCCAGUUGAACAGCACAGUGAGAGAUCUGGUGGACGGUUCAAAGAGCGAGGAUCGGGAGAAUGUGACGAGGAUAUUGCUGCAGACCAAAGACAAGCUAUCCGAUCUUCAACCUCCGACGAAUUCUCCCACGCUGACGCCCACGGAGUGGAUUCAGUACGCCUUCAGGGUGAACAAGACGAUCUCGGAUACCCUAAACGAUGUCAACAUGCAGAAGCAUGCAGCACUGAUGAUGAGGGCUACUGAACCGGCGUUAUCGUCAUCAGAUGACCCCAAGAAGUUCACCGAUUGGUUAAUCGUUCCUUGUCUCGCAGGCUCGUUCCAUGUGUUCACUAUGGCAUCAAGGUUCCAAAUUCGCGUGUAAAGAAAUUACAAAUCCUUUUUUAUAGUAACACGUAUUGUAUAUAUUCUAUUAUUUAUAGAG